ACGCCGCCGGUGGAGACUGACCUGGAAUCGAAAAUGAACUGGGGGUCCUUUUACGCCGUGAUCAGCGGCGUAAACAGGCAUUCCACCGGCAUCGGCCGCAUCUGGUUGUCUGUCAUCUUCAUCUUCAGAAUCCUGGUCCUCGUGGUGGCGGCCGAGUCGGUCUGGGGUGACGAGAAGUCUGGAUUCACCUGCAACACCGAGCAGCCCGGCUGCAACUCUGUCUGCUAUGACCAGUUCUUUCCCAUCUCACACAUCCGCCUGUGGGCCUUGCAGCUCAUCCUGGUGUCCACGCCUGCUCUCCUAGUGGCCAUGCAUGUAGCCCAUCGCAGACACAUCAACAAGAAGAUCGUGAAGAAGUCCGGGCGCGUUUCCCCUAAGGAGCUGGAACAAAUCAAGAAUCAGAAGUUUGCGAUCGCAGGCGCCCUCUGGUGGACCUACAUGAUCAGUGUGCUGUUUAGGAUCGUUCUGGAAGUCGGCUUCCUUUAUAUAUUCUACCUGAUCUACCCUGACUUCAAGAUGUUCCGUCUGGUCAAGUGUGACUCGUACCCCUGUCCCAACACUGUGGACUGCUUCGUGUCGCGACCCACAGAGAAAACCAUCUUCACCGUGUUCAUGCUCUCCGUGUCGGGGGUGUGUGUUCUCCUCAACCUGGCCGAGGUGGCCUACCUGAUUGGCAGAGCCUGUCUGAGGUGUAUCCAUGGUAACCGGGAAGAGACUAAGGUAGCAGGGAUCGGUCAGAAACUGUCCUCCUACAAACAGAAUGAAAUCAACCAGAUGAUCGCUGACCAGUCGAAGUUCAAGUUCACCGUGGGAGCUAGGAAAACCUCUAUGGAGAAGGGAGAGAGGUGCUCUGCUUUCUGA